GAGAGGGUGAAGACAGGAGAGACAAAUAAACACAGAACAGAGAAUUGAUGGCGUUGGAGCUAACCCACUUAUUUUGUGUGGUUGUGGGGCCCUUUCUUUCUAAGGAGUGAGGACAGCUAUUGCUAAAACUGCUAUUGUCCCCACACACUUACAAAGCGCAUUCAUGGCGUUUAGCUCAUUCACUCCCUCACCUCUUCACCACCACCAGCAGCACCACCACCAUUACCACUACCACUACCACUACCACUGCCACUGCCACUGCUAGAAUAACUAACCUCUUCCAUCUUCUCAUGUCUCCAUGGCUUGCUGUAUCUGGCUAAUAAAUCCUAACCAUUCUUUUUAACUGUUCUUUUCUCUAUCUGGGUUGUGAUCCUCUCCCUUCCCUAGGCUACUCUUUUCCUGGUGUGGGUUUUAAAAUUGCAGACAUGACAGGAAGGGCGUCUCUCCUGCUUAAUCUCCAUGCUCUUAACUUAUUUCUUUUGUUCCUCUGUUUCUGUGAAUUGAACUGCAUUGCGUUGGAGUAUGAAAAAGGUUCUUUGUUAGUGGAGAAGAAGGGAAAUGCUAUUCUGCCCAUUACUUCCCCACGCCAGGCCCCUCAACCCUAUAUUCCUCAGCUGGCACCACCACCGUUGGCACCUUUCACAAAUAACACUGAGCCAAAAUUAUCAGGGUUCUGCCCAUUAAAUUUUUCCUCUGCAAAAAGUCUGAUGAACACGACUGCGAUUGAUUGCUUGUCUUCCUUCGCUCCAUAUCUGGCUAAUGUAAUAUGUUGUCCACAGUUAGAAGCCACUCUUGUGAUUCUUAUUGGGCAAUCAGGCAAAGAUACUGGGAUGCUUGCCUUGAAUAUGGCCCAUGCAAACCACUGUCUCUCAGAUGUUGAUCAGAUCCUUGCAGGUCAGGGUGCAAAUGGGGAUCUACAAAAGAUAUGCUCAAUUCAUCCAGUAAACUUAACUGUAGCAUCUUGCCCUGUUGAAAAUGUUGACGAGUUUGAGAGCAUUGUGGAUUCAUCUAGUCUUUUGGCUGCCUGUGAAAAAAUUGACCCUGUGAACGAGUGUUGCAGACAAAUAUGUCAGAAUGCAAUAUCUGAAGCUGCCAAGAAAAUUGCUUUGAAAAAUUAUAGUCUGUCAAGCACAGAUGGGGCUGAUCUCUUACCUGAAUACUCAUCUAAGAUUGAUGAUUGCAAAAGCAUUGUCCUCCGAUGGCUUUCCAGUAGACUUGAACCUUCUUCUUCAAAAAAAGUUCUUAGGGGACUCUCUAGUUGUAAUGUGAAUAAAGUUUGUCCAUUGGUUUUCCCUGACACAAGACAUGUCGCCAAAGACUGUGGGAAUGAGAUGAGUAAUCGGACUGCUUGCUGCGGUGCCAUGGAGAGUUAUGUCUCUCACUUGCAAAAGCAGAGUUUUAUUACCAACUUGCAAGCUCUAGACUGUGCUGCUUUGCUUGGAAUGAAGUUACAGAAGGCUAGUAUUACUAAAAAUGUCUAUAGCCUUUGUCACAUAACACUCAAGGAUUUCUCUGUCCAAGUUGGAUCACAAGAAACUGGAUGCCUUUUGCCAAGCUUACCCUCAGAUGCGACAUUUGACCAGUUUUCAGGGAUCAGUUUCCUUUGUGACUUGAAUGACAACAUUGCAGCUCCUUGGCCCUCUGCAUCUCAGUCACCUACUUCUUCCUGCAAUAAAACAAUCAAGAUUCCAGCACUUCCAGCUGCUACAUCUGGACAACGUGGAUUCUCAGGGAAUUCCCUCAGCCUUCCUAGAACCUGUAAACACUUCAGAGAAUCCCUUCUUGUUACCUUGGCUGCUGUUUACUGGGAUGUGUUUAAGCUAUGUAAAUGUCAAAGACAACAAGCUUAAUGCAGGACAGCAGUCCUCCUGUGUCUUUGUGGGUCCCUACAGAGAAGGCUUGAUGUUACCUUGGUUGCUCGUUUUCUCACUGGUUCUGACGGCACACUUCUGAUUUUCAUUUGGGCCAUUCUUCUCUGAUUACGGUCACCUUAUUUAUCCCUUAUGCCAAACUUCCCAGUCCUUCCACUGGUAGCUGAAAUGCAGAAAGAGAUUUUGUUGAACCAUAUCAUUGGCAGAGAGAUGAAUCACAAUUGGAAGCAUGUCUCAAUUUUUUGCAGCUGGGUUUAAUUAUUUCAUGAUUCUUGUGGAGUAGAUGCAAUAAAAGUUAUGUAAAGAAAUUUCAGAAAAUGAAAAAUAUUGGAAGAAAAAGAUGGGGAAGGGGGGGUGGGGAGAGCAGAGUUUAUGUUGCAAGUAUUACUGUAAGAUUCUGCUGUAAAUCGUCGGGAUUGGGCCUGUUGCGAGAUUGUUCUCCUAACAUUGGAUGGUAUGAAGAGUUGAAGACCAUAUACCCAAAUGCAGCUGCCCUUUCUUUCUUAUUUUUCUGGGGGUUCUUAUUUGUAUUUUAUGUGUGUUAUUCAUCAGAUCAAACGGAAAAUGAUGGUAAAGUUAGCUUUAUUUUAGUUGUUUUGAAUAGCAUCAGAUUUGAAUGACUUCA